AUGAAAGGACUUGGUAUCGAACAGGUCGGCCUCCUAUGCUUGAGUGGUCUGGCUCUGGCCGCCACCAUUGAGGACUGCCCUGGCUACACAGCAUCCAAUGUUCAAAAGACAUACACAGGUCUUACAGCCACCCUGAAUCUUGCCAGCAAAGCAUGCAAUUAUUUGGGGUAUGAUGUCAGCCCUUUGAAGCUACAGGUCGACUAUCAGACAGAUAAGCGACUACAUGUCAAGAUCUCCGAUGCCGAAGCCAAAGGAUACGAAGUACCAGAGACAGUCGUCUCGAGACCAUCACUUGGCCUUGCAAGCCCAGACAGUGGAGAUCUUGAGUUUACCUACACGGAAAAGCCUUUUAGCUUCGCAGUUCAGCGACGAAGCACGUCUGAGGCUCUCUUCAACACCAGUGGCGCUAACUUAGUUUAUGAAUCUCAGUACAUUCGCUUACGGACAUCACUGCCCAAGGCGACGAAUCUUUACGGCCUCGGCGAACAUACAGAUCCAUUCCGUCUGGGUACAGAGAGCUAUACUCGUACUCUCUGGUCGCGUGACGCAUAUGAGAUUCCUCCUGGUACCAAUUUGUACGGCAAUCAUCCGGUCUACUUCGAAGGUCGUGGCGACAACAAUACUCACGGAGUGUUCUUGCUCAACUCAAACGGCAUGGACAUUAAAAUUACCAGCGAUUUUGGUAACUCUUACUUAGAGUACAAUACCCUUGGCGGCGUGCUUGACUUCUACUUUCUCGCUGGGCCAGGACCGAUCGAUGUCGCACGCCACGCCGCCAACAUCCCGCUCGAAACUAUGUGGACUGAUAUUGACUACAUGGAUCAUCGCAAGGUAUUCACUCUCGAUGCUGAACGAUUUCCCCUCGAAAAAGUCCGCGAGCUUGUUGAAUACCUCCACGACGAUGAUCAGCAUUACAUCGUGAUGGUUGACCCUGCUGUUGCGUAUCAGGACUACGCAGGAUUCAACGAUGGUAAAUCAGCAGGGAUCUUCAUGAAAAAUGGCGAUGGGUCAAUCUACCAAGGUGUGGUCUGGCCUGGUGUCGCCGCUUUCCCAGAUUGGUUCAAUCCGGCAACGAAAGAUUACUGGAACAGCCAAUUCGCCGAAUUUUUCAGCGCCGACACAGGUGUCGACAUCGACGGACUCUGGAUUGAUAUGAACGAAGCUUCGAACUUCUGCCCAGAUCCAUGUACAGAUGCUGCUGGUUAUGCUGCUGCGAAUGGCUUUCCGCCUUCUCCACCACCUGUACGCGACGGGUCUCCAAUCCCACUUCCUGGCUUCCCACUGGAUUUCCAGCCGCCAUCAAAGUUCAGACGACAGAAUGCGGAACCAAUAGGCCUACCAAAUCGCGACUUCUUGACCCCUCCGUAUCAAAUCAAGAACGAGGCCGGCUCACUCAGCAACCACACGAUCCCCACCAAUCUCAUUCACGCUGGCGAUAAACCUUACGCAGAAUACGAUACCCACAACCUUUAUGGUACAAUGAUGUCUGAAGUCUCUCGUACGGCUAUGCUCGCACGACGCCCUUCAGUCCGCCCUCUGAUCAUCACACGCAGCACGUUCGCAGGUGCCGGUCGCUAUGUUGGACAUUGGUUAGGGGACAACGCCGCGACCUGGGCUCUGUACAAGACAAGCAUUGCAGAGCAACUAGCAUUCGCCGGUAUCUACCAACUACCAAUGGUCGGGUCAGACGUAUGCGGCUUCGCAGGUAAUACCACGGAGAACCUUUGUGCUCGCUGGGCAAUGCUCGGCGCAUUCAGCACCUUCUACCGAAACCAUGCUGAGCUUGGAACAAUAUCUCAGGAGUUCUACCGCUGGGAAUCUGUUGCUACUGCAGCACGGAAAGCUAUUGAUAUCCGUUACCGCUUGCUUGACUACCUCUAUACUGCUAUGGCGCAACAGGCCAAAGAUGGUACGCCCACACUAUAUCCACUGUGGUACCUCUAUCCUGGCGACUUCAACACCUAUGCGAUUGACACGCAAUUCUUCUUCGGGUCUGCGGUUCUCGUAUCCCCCGUCAUCGAUGAGGACUCUACCAGUGUCACCAUCUACCUACCCAAAGACACCUUCUAUGACUGGUACACACUUACUCCCGUUCAAGGCACUGGCGCGAUGACAACGCUCAACGGCGUCGACUUCACCACCAUACCUCUGCACAUCCGCGGUCGUAGCAUUAUUCCAUUACGCAGCGAGAGCGCUAUGACCACGACAGCCCUUCGCAAGAAGGACUUCUCAAUUUUAAUCGCUCCGGGCAGCGAUGGGACCGCUUCCGGCACCCUCUACCUCGAUGACGGUGAAAGCCUUCAGCAAGCUGCGACAAGUGACAUUACCUUCACUUUUGGAAACGGAAAGUUCUCAAUGGCUGGAAAGUUCGGCUAUGCGGCUGGCGUCAACGUUGUGGAGGUCGUGGUGCUUGGCCAAAAGACUAAGCCGUACUCUGUCAUCUGCGAUGGAAUGCCUUUGGCGCCUGAUGCCGUGGCGUAUAAUGAGACGACCCAGGUUGUGACUGCACGUGUGGUGAAGGGACUUGAUAAGGGCUUUCAGAUGAGUGGCUUUGCUUGA